ACCUGCGAUCCAGCGGUGGCCCCCAAAAGCAAUAGACAAAAUGGAAGUUUUUACAGCUUGUCUGUUAAUUUCUCUCUGUUAUUUCUUGUUUUCGCUCAGCUUUAUAGUUAUCCCUGCUGCCUUGGGCUUUUCAUUUGGUAUAAGGGAUCUCUAUGUCAAGAUUCUGUUCAAGAUAUUCGAGCAUGUCAGAAAGACAAUGGUUUCAAAACAAGUAAUUGGUUCGAAUGGAGUUAUUGCGAGGGAGCAAGAGUCCCUUGAGCCUCCAAGGUCCCCCCUCCCAAGGAAUCGGUCAUUUGGGACAUUCCAGAGGGAGUUUGAGAUGGCAGAUAUAAUGGAUUUCUGUAAAAGUGGAGUUGAGGCUAUUAUUGAUGACGAUGUUACCAAGCGCUUUUCAGCUGAAGAGUUGGAGUGUUGGAACCUACUAACAAGAACGAAUAAGAACUAUCAUUAUGUCAGCAAAAGGUUGUCUUUUGUUUGGGUUCUUGGUGGCCUGUUCAGAUAUUUUGUUCUUUUGCCUGUCAGGGUUACAAUCUUCUCCAUAGGAUUAACAGUUCUAACUCUGAGUACAGCUUUUCUAUCACAGCUGCCCCAGUCAAGUUUCAGGAAGAAGCUGGAGCGGGUGUUUAUGCUGGCAAGCUUUAGAAUCUUGUCCAAGGCUACCUCUGCAGUCAUCAGAUCCCACAAUAAAGAGAACAUGGCUAAGGGAGGUGGAAUUUGUGUUGCAAAUCACACUUCUCCUAUCGAUGUUCUCAUACUGCAGUGUGAUAACUGUUAUUCCAUGGUUGGACAAAGGCAGCCUGGACUUUUUGGUUUUAUUGAAAAAGUCCUGGAAAAAACACAAGACCACAUCUGGUUUGAAAGAUCAGAGAUGAAAGACCGAAUAAUUGUCACAAGAAGAUUAAAGGAGCAUGUAGAGGAUGACACCAAAAACCCGAUUUUGAUAUUUCCAGAGGGCACUUGUAUCAACAACACGUCCGUCAUGAUGUUUAAGAAGGGCAGUUUUGAGAUUGGAGGUGUUAUAUAUCCCGUUGCCAUAAAGUAUGACUCUACGUUUGGCGAUGCGUUUUGGAACUCGAGCUCUGAGAGUUUUGGGCAGUACCUCUUUAGUCUGAUGACGAGCUGGGCGCUGGUGUGUGACGUAUGGUACUUGAAGCCGAUGUACAAGCGGGAGGACGAAUCGCCGGUGCAGUUUGCAAAUCGAGUAAAAGCAGAGAUCGCAGCUCAGGGAGGGCUAGUUGACCUAAUAUGGGACGGACAACUCAAGCGAAGUGCUGUAAAACCGGAGUACCGGCAGAAGAGACAAGAGGAUUACGCCAGUAGGUUAAAGGUGGAAUAGCUUACAACACAUCCGUUCUUCUCCAUCUUAGCAUUAUAUUAACAGUUGCCGGAACCUAUACACUAGAUGAACCUAUACACAGAAGGACUUGGCAAGUAGGUUAAAGGUGGAAUAGCUUACAACACACCCGUUCUUCUCCAUCUUAGCAUUAUAUUAAUAGUUGCCGGAACCUAUACACUCGAUCAACCUAUACACAGAAGGACUUGGCAAGCAGGUUAAAGGUGGAAUAGCUUACAACACACCCGUUCUUCUCCAUCUUAGCAUUAUAUUAAUAGUUGCCGGAACCUAUACACUCGAUGAACCUAUACACAGAAGAACUUUCAAGGUAGCCAAAGCGGAAUAGCUUACAACUCAUCCGCACUUCACCAGUAAGUAUGUUAGCAUCAUAUCAAUACUACUGAGCCGGAACCUACACACUCGAUGAGCUGACAUGGUUGUUCUCUCAUGGAAACUGCAAGACUUUUUGUUAUCCAACGUUAUCCGAACUCAAUACCGAGGGAGCAUCGAAGCCUUCCGUACUGCAAGAUAUGCAGAGUAUCUAGAUAUAUGUACCAUUAGUAUUCGACCAAAAAAAAAAGAAAACUCAACUUAAAAAUUUUGACUCAAGAACCAAAAUUUGAUUUUAAAUUCUUAUAUAUCUUCCAUGAUACACGAUCAAAGCUAAUUGUACUCAAUGCUUUAAUAUAUACGAAAGGGGCAUAUUUGAAUGAUAGCUUGUCAUGAUGCUGUAAAUUCGUAGGGUGGGGUGGGGAUUGAGGGGGGGGGGGGUGGGAGGGGGGUUUGGGAAGCAGGGAAGUAUUGAUUGUUAGGAAAUAAUAGCUAGUUUACAAUAGUUUUUUUUCCCAAAAAUUAAUUUAUUGAAAGAAAUGACAAUGGAUAUUCUCUAACAGUCAUAAAACUUAUCUUGUCACACUCGUACUCUUUUACCAUCCGCAUGGACCCGAAGCUGUUGCUUGCUCUUCUUUGACCAAGUGAUCGGCCUAAUGACCAAGUGUAAUUGCCGUAUUCUUAUCGUGCGACUGUCAUUCAAGGCAACUCUUGGUAGGCCCUCUUUACCACGUGUUGCGCUUACAAAUCCUAGAGAUAACGCAAAACUUGUACAUAAACUGCACGUCCCGAAGGGAGCAUCCAAUUUGUACAGCUUAGAUAUACCUAUAACAAUCAGCACUAAAACGUUCAAAUAAACACUAUAAGUCUU